GAGGGGGGGGGGAACCAAUAAGCAAACUCAGGCUGUUUACCCAGCCUGAAAUAAAUAUGGACUGAAGAUUAUAAGAUAAUAAAAGGCUGGAGUGGCUCAGAUUCAGAACCACACCAAAUUGCUGGAACUGAAGAAGCCGCCAAACCAACUCUAACAAGAAAAAACGGUGGCAUGGUGAAUUUCAAAGCUAGGGUAUAUCCAAAAAUGGGGAGAGAAAUUGGACCCUUAGAAAUUGCCGCCUGCAGCAUUCUAGGCUCUAUUUCUGAGGCCUGAACUCUUGUUUCUCUCCAAUAAAUUUUAAUUCCCCCUUGUGUCUGAAUAAUUCACUUUCUGGAUUGCCGUAUUGAUCCAAUUUAUUUCCUUUCUAAAUAAGGAUUUGGUGGGUUCUGCAUGAACCCAUGCAGGCCAAGAAAAAAUACCUGUUCGUGACUCUCUUGGCCACCUGGCUUCUGCUUGUUUUGUUUGGAGGAGACCAAAUAAGACGCUUCCCCUUUUUCUCCAACAAAAAAGCAGAAGUCUUAAAAACCUGGCCUCGGUGGGCCGACGAGGUUCUUCUCAAGAACUUUGCAGGUUCUGAGGAGCUCCAGAGCACUGAAAGGGGCCACAGCGAUGAAUCUCCCCAAAGCCGGCAGCAGUUGAAGCUGAGUCUUUACAAGAACAGCAGGUGCCGUAUGGAGACUUGCUUUGAUUUUUCUAAAUGUAGGCAACACGGGUUCAAAGUCUUUGUUUACCCCCUGGAAGGAGGGGAUCCUGUAUCCGAAAGUUACCUCAAAAUCAUCAGCUCCAUUGAAGAGUCACGUUAUUACACCUCCAAUCCUGAGGAGGCCUGCCUGUUUGUUCUAAACAUUGACACGUUGGAUAGGGACCAUCUCUCCAUACAAUAUGUCCAUAACAUCAACGAGAAAAUCCAAGGUUUCCAGCUUUGGAACGAUGGACAAAACCAUCUCAUAUUUAACCUGUAUUCUGGCACGUGGCCUAAUUACACCGAAGACUUGGGCUUUGACAUUGGACAGGCUAUCCUGGCUAAAGCCAGUUUUUAUGUCGAGAACUUUCGACCUGGUUUUGAUAUCUCCAUCCCUUUGUUUUCGAAGGAGCAUCCUCAGAAAGGUGGGGAAAGAGGCUGGUUAUACAAGACUUCUCUCCCACCCAAGAAAAAGUAUCUCUUAGUUUUUAAAGGGAAGAGAUACCUGACCGGCAUUGGUUCUGACACCAGGAAUGCUCUCCGCCACAUCCAUAAUGGUAAAGAUAUUAUUUCUCUGGCCACAUGUAAACACGGGAAAGACUGGGAGAAGCACAAGGACAAGCGGUGUGACAAAGAUAAUAUCGAGUAUGAAAAGUUUGAUUAUCAGGAGCUUUUGCACAACUCUACCUUUUGUAUCAUCCCCCGAGGGAGACGUUUGGGAUCCUUCCGGUUCCUAGAAGCUUUGCAGGCUGCCUGCAUCCCGGUCCUGCUCAGCAAUGGGUGGGAGCUGCCCUUUUCAGAGGUGAUUGAUUGGAGUAAAUCAUCCAUCGUCGGAGACGAGCGGCUUCUUCUGCAGAUUCCAUCUACGGUCCGAUGUCUGAACAGUGACAAAAUCCUGGCCUUCCAGCAGCAAACCCAGUUUUUAUGGGAAACGUAUUUUUCUUCUGUGGAGAAGAUUGUUCAAACCACUCUUGAGAUAAUAAAAGAUCGGAUAUUUCAUCAGGAAUCACGCCCAAAGUUCUUCUGGAACACACUUCCUGGAGGGUUGGUGGCCUUACCAGAAUACUCUACUCAUCUGAACGACUUCCCUUUCUAUUAUCCGCAGCAAGGAUCCAGCCCCUCCGAGAAGUUUACAGCGUUAAUCUGGGCGGUCUCACCAAUUGUCUCCCUUUCUCAGCCCAUCCUCAAGCUCACCCAAGCUGUCUCCAGAUCCCAAUACUGCGCCAAGAUUUUAGUUUUGUGGAGCUGUGAGAAGCCACCUCCACAGAAGUGGCCACCGACCACAGUUCCCUUGACUGUCAUUUUAAGCAGCAACAAGGUCAGCGAACGGUUUUUGCCUUAUUCUGCUCUUGGGACGGAUGCCGUGUUGAGCCUUGAUGAAUAUACCAGCCUUUCAACCAGCGAGGUUGACUUUGCCUUUGUGGUAUGGAGAAAGUUCCCCGACCGGAUUGUAGGCUUCCCAAUGCGCAGCCAUUUUUGGGAUACGGGCAAGAACCAGUGGAUCUACACUUCCAAAUGGACCAAUGAGUUCUCUAUGGUUCUCACGGCAGCGGCAUUCUAUCACAGGUAUUAUCACAGCCUCUUCAGCAACUAUUUGCCUGCCAAGCUAAGGAACUUUGUCGACCAGAUUGCCAACUGUGAGGACAUAUUGAUGAACUUUCUGGUUUCUGCUGUAACCAAAUUGCCCCCCAUCAAAGUGACCCAGAAGAAACAUCUCAGGGAGAGCCCACCUCAGCAGCUCCUGAAGAGUGCGCCCCCAUCCAACAGCAGCCUCCAUUUCGCUCAACGCCAGGAGUGCGUCAAUCACUUUGCUGCCUGGUUUGGCUACAUGCCUCUGGUGCAUUCGCAGUUCCGCUUGGACCCAGUGCUUUUCAAGGAUCAGGUAUCUGUGCUACGGAAAAAGUACCGGCAAAUGGAGAGGGACUAGCUCUGAGGGGGAAAGCGCACCAAUGCUCUCUGAGAAGGAAGGCGCUUGGAGAAGACACCAACCACGCUGGACUCACUGCUUGCUGUAGGCCAUUGGCGCUAUGGCCGGAUUUGGGGUUGGGUUCACUGCAUCAAUGCCCUUUGAACUUUGGAUACUAAAAAAAAAAAUGGAAACACUCACUGGUAGCCAGGGGUGGUGCCAGAGGAAUGUUCAGUCUUUAUUGGGUUUUACCAGUAUCAAUAAAGUUUUGCAGAAAACAA